AUGCAUCAGGCCCAGGGUCUCCCGACGGUUGGCGGCGGCACCGAGUCAUUCUGGCGCGCCGACCUCCACGAGCUUGACGACUAUCGUUCUACUGAACAGCUACCUGAACAAUCCGACAUUGUCAUCAUUGGAGCUGGAUAUGCAGGUGUCGCGACAGCGUACCAUCUCCUGGAGGCAGGCAGCAAGGCGUCAAUCACCCUGCUCGAGGCGCGUUCAGCAUGUAGCGGAGCGACAGGCCGUAACGGAGGUCAUCUCCGUCCUGAUCUCUAUGGUCACAUUCCAACAUACAUCGACCGUCACGGACUAGAAGCUGGCGCUGAGAUUGCUGAGUUCGAGGCCGCUCAUGUUACAGCCAUCAAGAACGUCGUCGCAAAGGAGAAUAUCGACUGCGACUUUGUCAUUACGCGGACGACCGAUGUUUGGUGCAAUCAGGAUGCUGCCGAUAAAGCCAAGGCUACCUACGACAAGAUGGUCGCCUAUGGUCUAAAGCACAUGGAUGAUGUUCACUUUGUCACUGGCAAAGAUGCUGAGGGUAUUAGCGGCAUCAAGCACGCCAAAGCAUGCGCCACCUACACCGCCGGCACCAUCUGGCCCUACAAGUUCAUCAUGACCUUACUAGGAAUACUAAAAGACCGCGGCGUCAACAUUCAAACACAUACCCCAGUCAAUACCAUCUCUGCCUCAUCCGAUGGCCAGUGGACCGUCUCCACGUCUCGCGGCAACAUCAAGACUCCGAAAGUCGUUCAUGCUACCAAUGCCUACACCAAGACUCUGUUGCCGGAAUACGAGAAGAAUAUCGUGCCUUGCAAAGGCAUCUGCUGUCAUAUCGCUGUUCCUGAAGGAGACGUUGCUCCGUUGGUCGGCAACUCAUACAUCAUCCGCGAACAAGGCGACCCUAGCGUCCUCAGCUACUUGAUCCCUCGCUCCGACGGUGGCAUUAUAGUCGGCGGCUCUCAAGCCGUUUUCAAACCCCAUCGCGAGCAAUGGUACAACAACACCGACGACGCCGAGCUAAUCGAAGCAUCCAAAGACUACUACACCAACUACAUGCAAAACAACUUCCGGGGCUGGGACAACAGCAAAGCUGAAGUCAAAAAGAUUUGGACAGGUGUUAUGGGAUACAGCUAUGACAGCAACCCUCAUAUUGGUGAAGUGCCUGGAAAGCCUGGGCAGUACAUUCUGAGUGGCUUUAAUGGUCAUGGUAUGCCAGUCAUUUGGCUGUCAGCAGAGGGUGUGUCGGACAUGAUACACAAGGGAAUGAAGUUUGAGGAGACCAAGGUUCCGCGGGCUUUCAAGACGACGCAGGAGAGAAUGGACAAGGCAAGGGCUGGUCCUGAAGGUGGAGAUAUUCUUGCUUGA